ACGUCCCGUGACAAAAUGACCGACAAUCUCUGGCGCCAAUGGAAUUCCCCAUUGCUAGUGUUCAUUUUGACUGACCGCCAGGCCAGCGAAUAGGCUGUAAGGUCGUGCUACAGUAGUCACAGAGGCUGGCCAGUAGCUAGAGGAGGAGACCGGAAGUCGGCUCGGGAGAAGCAGGAGGCGGGCGUUCACAACCGCCUAGGCCUACGCGGGUCAACGCAGCUUGGGGGCUGCGAGCCAGCUAGCAGCGCGUGACGGAGAGCGUGAGCGACAGAUCCCUGCGGCCAAUGAUUUGCAGGCGCCUGGAAGUCGCAACCAGUGAUGAGUCUAAGGGGCGGGAGGCAGCAGGUUAGGCAGUGAGAAGUUAGUGGCGCUGCUGGGACGGGGGGGAAGAGACGCUUCUUCCUCCUGCUGCUCCUCACCUUCCCGGGAUCAGCCGCGGCGGUGGCCGCGAGUGACUCGGCGGCGUCUCCGGCUCCGCGUGAGAACCAUGCUGACGGACAGCGGGGGCGGCGGCACCUCCUUUGAGGAGGAUUUGGACUCCGUAGCUCCGCGAUCCGCCCCAGCUGGGGCCUCGGAGCCGCCUCCGCCGGGAGGGGUCGGGCUGGGAAUCCGCACCGUGAGGCUCUUUGGGGAGGCUGGGCCCGCGCCGGGAGUCGGUGGCGGCGGCGGCGGCGGCGGCGGCGGCGGCGGCGGCGGCAGCAGCAGCAGCAGCGCGGGCGGAGGGGACGCAGCGCUGGAUUUCAAGUUGGCGGCUGCUGUGCUGAGGACGGGCGGCGGAGGUGGUGCCUCUGGGAGCGACGAGGACGAGGUGUCCGAGGUAGAAUCAUUUAUUUUGGACCAAGAAGAUUUGGAUAACCCAGUCCUUAAGACAUCAGAGAUAUUCUUAUCAAGUACAGCAGAAGGAGCAGAUUUGCGCACAGUGGAUCCAGAGACCCAAGCGAGACUGGAAGCAUUGCUAGAAGCAGCAGGAAUUGGCAAAUUGUCAACUGCUGAUGGUAAAGCUUUUGCAGAUCCUGAAGUACUCCGGAGACUGACAUCCUCAGUUAGCUGUGCCCUGGAUGAAGCCGCUGCUGCACUGACACGGAUGAGAGCAGAGAACACACACAGUACAGGACAAGUGGAUACUCGCAGUCUGGCAGAAGCUUGUUCAGAUGGAGAUGUGAAUGCUGUUCGUAAAUUACUAGAUGAAGGCAGAAGUGUAAAUGAACAUACAGAAGAAGGAGAAAGCCUGCUGUGUUUGGCUUGUUCAGCAGGAUAUUAUGAACUAGCACAAGUACUACUAGCUAUGCAUGCUAAUGUUGAAGAUAGAGGGAAUAAAGGAGAUAUAACUCCUCUGAUGGCAGCUUCUAGCGGAGGUUAUUUAGAUAUUGUGAAAUUAUUACUUCUUCAUGAUGCAGAUGUCAACUCCCAGUCGGCAACAGGGAACACUGCACUGACUUAUGCUUGUGCUGGAGGAUUUAUUGACAUUGUAAAAGUGCUUCUUAAUGAGGGUGCGAAUAUAGAAGACCAUAAUGAGAAUGGACACACUCCCCUGAUGGAGGCAGCCAGUGCCGGUCAUGUGGAAGUUGCCAGAGUUCUUCUGGAUCACGGUGCAGGCAUCAACACUCACUCUAAUGAGUUUAAAGAAAGUGCUCUGACACUUGCCUGCUACAAAGGCCAUUUGGAUAUGGUUCGAUUUUUGCUUGAAGCUGGUGCAGAUCAAGAGCACAAAACCGAUGAGAUGCACACUGCCUUAAUGGAAGCUUGCAUGGAUGGACAUGUAGAGGUGGCACGUUUGCUUUUAGACAGUGGUGCUCAGGUGAAUAUGCCUGCGGAUUCCUUUGAGUCUCCAUUGACUCUAGCUGCCUGUGGUGGACAUGUUGAAUUAGCAGCACUGCUUAUUGAAAGAGGAGCAAAUCUUGAAGAAGUUAAUGACGAAGGAUACACGCCUUUGAUGGAAGCUGCUCGAGAAGGACAUGAAGAGAUGGUGGCACUUCUGUUGGCACAAGGUGCAAAUAUAAAUGCCCAGACAGAAGAAACUCAAGAAACUGCUCUUACCUUGGCUUGCUGUGGAGGCUUUUCUGAAGUUGCAGAUUUCUUGAUUAAGGCAGGGGCUGACAUAGAACUUGGCUGUUCUACACCUCUCAUGGAGGCUUCUCAGGAGGGACACCUGGAGUUGGUUAAAUAUUUGCUGGCUGCUGGUGCUAAUGUGCAUGCUACCACAGCAACAGGAGACACAGCUCUAACCUAUGCUUGUGAAAAUGGACAUACAGAUGUUGCAGAUGUUCUACUUCAAGCAGGGGCCCAUUUAGAACAUGAAUCUGAAGGUGGAAGAACACCUUUGAUGAAAGCUGCAAGAGCGGGUCAUUUGUGCACUGUUCAGUUUCUUAUUAGCAAAGGUGCCAAUGUGAAUAGGGCUACAGCCAAUAAUGAUCACACAGUAGUGUCACUGGCAUGUGCAGGAGGCCAUUUGGCAGUGGUUGAACUGCUCCUGGCUCAUGGAGCUGACCCUACUCAUCGACUCAAGGAUGGAUCAACAAUGCUUAUUGAAGCUGCAAAAGGUGGCCAUACUAAUGUUGUUUCUUAUCUGUUGGAUUAUCCAAAUAAUGUUCUGUCAGUUCCCACCACCGAUGUAUCUCAACUUACCUCUCCGUCACAAGAUGAAUCUCAGGUUCCACGAGUACCCAUACACACACUUGCCAUGGUUGUGCCUCCCCAGGAACCUGACAGAACUUCCCAGGAGACGUCUACUGCCCUUUUAGGAGUACAAAAAGGUGCAUCCAAGCAGAAGUCCAGUUCUCUGCAGGUAGCAGAUCAGGACCUACUGCCACCUUUUCACCCAUACCAGCCUUUGGAGUGCAUAGUAGAAGAGACUGAAGGCAAGCUGAAUGAACUGGGGCAAAGAAUUAGUGCUAUUGAAAAAGCACAGCUUAAGUCAUUGGAGUUAAUUCAAGGUGAGCCUCUAAACAAGGAUAAGAUAGAAGAACUUAAAAAGAACAGAGAAGAACAAGUCCAGAAGAAGAAGAAAAUACUGAAAGAACUACAGAAGGUGGAAAGGCAGUUACAGAUGAAAACACAGCAGCAGUUUACCAAAGAAUACUUGGAAACAAAAGGUCAGAGAGACACAGAGUCUCCACACCAGCAAUGUUCUAAUAGAGGAGUCUUCAUGGCAGGGGAAGAAGAUGGCAGUCUCCCACAGGAUCACUCUUCAGAAUCACCCCAGCUUGAUACAGUCUUAUUUAAAGAUCAUGAUAUUGAUGAUAAGCAACAGUCUCCACCAUCGGCAGAACAAAUUGACUUUGUCCCAGUCCAGCCUCUAUCAUCUCCACAAUGUAACUUUUUCAGUGACUUAGGUUCUAAUGGGACAAAUUCUCUUGUGCUUCAGAAAGUAUCAGGUAACCAGCAGAUUGUAGGACAGCCUCAGAUUGCGAUUGCUGGACAUGAGCAGGGGCUAUUAGUUCAAGAGCCAGAUGGACUUAUGGUUGCAACUCCAGCCCAGACGCUUACCGACACUCUUGAUGACCUGAUAGCAGCUGUGAGUACCAGAGUGCCUGUUGGUUCAAACAAUCCCUCUCAGACCACAGAAUGUCCUACACCUGAAUCCAGUUAUCAGACUCCAAGCAAUAUGGUUACCCCAUCCACUCCACCUGUGUAUCCUUCGGUUGACAUUGAUGCACAUACGGAAAGCAAUCAUGACACAGCUUUAACACUGGCCUGUGCAGGUGGUCAUGAAGAACUCGUAUCUGUUCUCAUUGCUCGGGAUGCUAAAAUUGAGCAUAGAGACAAAAAAGGUUUUACCCCACUGAUCCUGGCGGCAACAGCAGGGCAUGUUGGAGUUGUUGAAAUCCUUUUGGAUAAAGGUGGAGAUAUAGAGGCACAAUCUGAACGAACUAAAGAUACUCCACUUUCUUUGGCAUGUUCUGGUGGACGGCAGGAGGUGGUAGAUUUGCUGCUGGCCCGAGGAGCCAAUAAAGAACAUAGGAAUGUGUCUGAUUAUACACCACUGAGUCUGGCUGCAUCUGGAGGAUACGUGAAUAUUAUUAAGAUUUUACUUAAUGCUGGGGCAGAAAUUAAUUCAAGGACUGGAAGUAAACUAGGUAUUUCUCCAUUGAUGUUGGCUGCAAUGAAUGGACAUGUUCCCGCAGUGAAAUUGCUGCUUGAUAUGGGUUCAGACAUUAAUGCACAAAUAGAGACCAACCGGAACACAGCUCUCACCCUGGCCUGUUUCCAGGGUCGAGCAGAAGUAGUGAGUUUGCUUUUGGACCGCAAAGCCAAUGUUGAACACAGGGCAAAGACUGGCCUUACUCCCUUGAUGGAAGCAGCUUCUGGAGGCUAUGCAGAGGUUGGAAGAGUUCUCCUUGAUAAAGGAGCAGAUGUUAAUGCACCUCCUGUGCCUUCCUCAAGAGACACUGCUUUAACCAUAGCAGCAGACAAAGGCCACUACAAAUUCUGUGAGCUCCUGAUUAACAGGGGAGCACAUAUUGAUGUUCGUAACAAGAAGGGAAAUACACCACUUUGGCUGGCAUCCAAUGGUGGUCAUUUUGAUGUAGUACAAUUGCUAGUGCAAGCAGGUGCUGACGUGGAUGCAGCAGACAACCGAAAAAUCACACCUCUUAUGUCAGCAUUUCGCAAGGGUCAUGUAAAAGUUGUUCAAUAUUUGGUGAAGGAAGUCAGUCAGUUUCCAUCUGAUAUAGAAUGCAUGAGAUACAUAGCAACAAUUACAGAUAAGGAACUGCUGAAGAAGUGUCACCAAUGUGUUGAGACGAUUGUGAAGGCUAAAGAUCAGCAGGCUGCAGAAGCAAAUAAAAAUGCAAGCAUUCUCCUAAAAGAGCUGGAUCUAGAAAAGUCAAGAGAAGAGAGCAGAAAGCAAGCUCUUGCGGCUAAAAGAGAAAAGAGAAAAGAAAAGAGGAAAAAGAAAAAAGAGGAACAGAAAAGGAAACAGGAAGAUGAGGAGAACAAACCUAAAGAGAAUUCAGAACAACCAGAGGGUGAAGAUGAAGAGAAUGAUGAAGAUGUGGAGCAAGAAAUUCCCAUAGAGCCUCCAAGUGCAACCACCACUACUACAAUUGGAAUCUCUGCUACAUCUACCACGUUUACAAAUGUAUUUGGCAAAAAAAGAGCCAAUGUAGUGACAACCCCCAGCACCAAUCGGAAAAAUAAGAAGAAUAAGACAAAAGAGUCCCCUCCCACAGCGCAUUUAAUUUUACCUGAGCCACAUAUAUCUUUAGCACAACAAAAAGCAGAUAAAAAUAAAAUAAAUGGAGAGCCUAGAGGUGGCGGCGCAGGUGGAAAUAGUGACUCGGAUAACAUAGAUAGCACAGACUGCAACAGUGAGAGCAGCAGUGGUGGGAAGAGCCAAGAGUUCAGUUUCCCUGUGGAUAUGAAUCCCACCAGUGACAAGAGGUGCUCCACGGUUGUCAGUUCUCAAGAGGAAAAGGCAGUUACCACCACUUCCAAGACUCAGACACGCCUUGAUGGUGAAGUAAAUUCCAUGUCAACAAACUACAAAUCUUUGCCAUUAAGUUCUCCAACCAUGAAACUGAAUCUCACUAGUCCUAAAAGGGGUCAAAAAAGAGAAGAAGGGUGGAAAGAAGUUGUUAGAAGGUCAAAGAAAUUAUCUGUUCCAGCCUCAGUGGUGUCCAGAAUAAUGGGAAGAGGAGGAUGCAACAUUACAGCAAUACAAGAUGUUACUGGUGCCCAUAUUGAUGUGGAUAAACAAAAAGAUAAGAAUGGAGAGAGAAUGAUUACAAUAAGGGGUGGUACAGAAUCAACAAGAUACGCAGUUCAACUUAUCAAUGCACUUAUUCAAGAUCCUGCAAAGGAACUAGAAGACUUGAUUCCUAAAAACCAUAUCAGGACACCUGCUAGCACCAAGUCCAUUCAUACAAACUUCUCAUCUGGAGUAGGCACCACAGCAACUUCCAGCAAGAAUGCAUUUCCCUUGGGUGCUCCAGCUCUUGUAACAUCACAAGCAACAACAUUAUCUACGUUCCAGCCCACUAAUAAACUUAGUAAGAAUGUGCCAACAAAUGUACGCUCUCCUUUCCCAGUGUCUCUUCCCUUAGCUUAUCCUCAUCCUCAUUUUGCUCUCCUGGCUGCUCAAACUAUGCAACAGAUUCGGCAUCCUCGCUUACCUAUGGCACAAUUUGGAGGAACCUUCUCACCUUCACCUAACACCUGGGGACCAUUCCCCGUGAGACCUGUGAAUCCUGGCAAUACUAGUAGUUCUCCAAAGCAUAAUAAUACAGCCCGUCUACCUAAUCAGAAUGGGCCUGUUUUACCAUCAGAAUCUCCUGGACUGGCUACUGCUGGUUGUCCUAUCACUGUCUCUUCUGUAGUUGCUGCCAGUCAGCAACUAUGCAUGACUAAUUCCCGGACUCCUUCAUCUGUCAGAAAGCAGUUGUUUGCUUGUGUGCCUAAGACCAGUCCUCCAGCAACAGUGAUUUCCUCUGUGACAAGCACUAGUAGUUCCUUGCCUUCUGUGUCUUCCACAUCUAUCACUAGUGGACACGUUACCACCACAUUUAUGCCUGCACCUACUCAAGUACCACUUUCUUCACAAAAGGUGGAGUCUUUCUCUGUCAUACCGCCUCCCAAAGAGAAAGUGUCCACACAGGACCAGCCCUUGACAAACCUAUGUACACCAUCUCCAGCAGCUAACAGUUGUAAUAGCUCUGCCAGCAACUCCUCAGGAGCUCCAGAGACUCAUCCAUCCAGUACCCCUCCUCCUCCUCCUCCUCCGGGUAAUACACAAGAGGAGGGGCAGCCGUCCAAGGCAUCUGAUUUAAGUCCUGUGUCAAUGCCUUUUGCCACGAACUCAGAAACUGCUCCAUUGACUUUGGCAUCACCCAGAUUGGUUGCUGCUGAUAAUCGGGACACUGGUAGUUUACCUCAGUUAGCUGUACCGGCACCUCGAGUUUCUCAUCGAAUGCAGCCCAGAGGUUCUUUUUACUCAGUGGUACCAAAUGCAACUAUGCACCAGGAUCCUCAGUCAAUUUUUGUUACCAAUCCAGUUCCUUUAACACCACCUCAAGGCCCACCGGCUGCAGUGCAGCUUUCCUCAGCUGUGAACAUUAUGAAUGGUUCUCAAAUGCACAUAAACCCAGCAAAUAAGUCUUUGCAACCAACAUUUGGCCCAGCCACACUUUUUAAUCACUUCAGUAGUCUUUUUGAUAGUGGUCAGGUGCCAGCUAACCAAGGGUGGGGAGAUGGACCUCUGCCCUCAAGAGUUGCUGCAGAUGCCUCUUUCACUGUUCAGUCAGCUUUCCUGAGUAACUCUGUACUUGGACACUUGGAAAAUGUGCACCCUGACAACUCCAAAGCACCUGGCUUCAGACCACCGUCACAGAGAGUUUCCACUAGUCCAGUUGGGUUGCCAUCUAUUGACCCAUCAAGCAACUCCGCAUCUGCUGCUGCUCCUCUGACAAGUUUCUCUGGCAUACCAGGGACGAGAGUUUUUCUGCAAGGGCCAGCACCUGUCGGCACUCCUAGUUUCAACAGACAACAUUUUUCUCCCCACCCUUGGACAAGCGCCUCAAACACAUCCACUUCAGCACCUCCAACAUUGGGCCAACAACCAAAAGGAAACAGUGCCAGUCAGGAUCGAAAGAUACCUCCUCCCAUUGGAACAGAGAGGCUGGCCAGGAUUCGGCAAGGAGGCUCUGUUGCACAAGCGCCUGUAGGGACCAGUUUUGUUGCUCCUGUUGGACACAGUGGGAUCUGGUCAUUUGGUGUCAAUGCUAUGUCAGAAGGCUUAUCAGGUUGGUCACAAUCUGUUAUAGGAAACCAUCCAAUGCAUCAACAGUUAUCAGACCCAAGCACAUUCUCCCAGCAUCAGCCAAUGGAGAGAGAUGAUUCAGGAAUGGUAGCUCCCACUAACAUUUUUCACCAGCCAAUGGGCCUGCCGAUUUCCAUGUAUGGAGGCACCAUUAUACCCUCUCAUCCUCAGCUUGCUGACGUUCCAGGGGGCCCACUGUUCAAUGGACUUCACAACCCAGAUCCUGCUUGGAAUCCUAUGAUAAAAGUUAUCCAGAAUUCAGCUGAAUGCACUGAAGCCCAGCAGAUUUGGCCUGGCACGUGGGCACCUCAUAUUGGAAACAUGCAUCUCAAAUAUGUCAACUAAGUUAGAAGGUCUUUCCUCUUUUAGCCUUGUUUGGGAAACCUAUGACUAUGGAAGAACUCUGGGUUUUUUCGUUUUGUUUUGUUUUUUUAAUGUGCCUAUCUAAAAUACUCUCUGAGGCUUUAGCAAUGGAAAAUUGAUUGCCCAUUGUGUAAGAACAAAAAAUGAUUUCCUAUCCACCUGAAAAUGUUCUCUGGUUAGUUAAGCCACUUUUGACUUGAGAUCAGAUGAACCUAGUGCUUUUGGCUCAACAUAUCAAUGCUACUUGUGUGCAGAAGAGAAUUAGAUAAUUACAUGUUUCAACUUUUUAGGGUGGAAAAUACAUGUAUAAUUGUUUACAUACUUAAAAGGAAAAAUUAUGAGUAAAUUUCUUGUCAUAUAGCGGCUCUACUUAAUGUAGCCUGUAUUAAUGUGAAAUAUUUACCAGAAUAUUCAAUAAAAAAAUGAACAGUGUUUAGGAGUGGGGUGUGAUCCUUUCAGUGGUCAUGAAGAUACUAGCUAAUCCACUAUCAUUGAAUUAGAUUGCUAAUGCUGUAUUUAUUUGUAACAUGUUUUUCACAUUUAACACUGUAGCGUCUUGGACAGCCAUAAAAGCACUGCUAAUACUUGUUAGCUAUUUCUUAUUCUCCUAUCUUUUACCUUAUUAAAUAUGAGAACAUUCAAGCCAUAGUUUAUCUUAGCUGACAUUAGCAAAUAGGCCACUUAAUAGGUUUUGCUCUUUAAGGAUCAUGACUAUGUCAGUAAGAACCUUAGGCUUUACAUUGAACAGAUUUAGGAAUACCCAAAUCAUUCACUUUGUGUUCCUUCUGUGCUUCUUGGCUUUUGAGUUGGGACAUAAAAAGUUGGGGAAGGGAUGACUUCUGUUAGCAACUUAUGGUGACUCUGAGUAAUAUUUAUAAAUAGAAGACUAGUGCUGGGUUUAGUUCAAUGGCCUCAAAAAUGAAGAACAAGGUAUGCUUAACAAAUCAAUCACAAAAACACAGGAAUAGAUUGGCUAAACCAUAUUGUGUGCCAAGAAUCUGACACAACAGAGAAAAGAUUUUCCUACUGAAACAUGGUCAUUAAUUCUGUUUUAAUGUAUCCCAGCUUUAUAAACUAUUUAAAAGAAAACAAUAUUUUGUGGACUGAGAGAAAGCAAAAGAGAACGCAUAUGUGUGUGCGCGCGUGUGCUUAACAAGCAAGCAGAGACUCAUGCAAGCAGCAUUCUUCUACACUAACAGCCAUGAAAAGUUCUUAAUCAUGCCUGUGUCCUAAGCCAUCACUAGGUCAAAAAUAUCAUGUUAGUUCUGUGUAAUAUGUAACUGGUUCCUUCGGUCUUCUAUACCAUUUUACAUAUGAGAAAGUUUCCUUAAGCUCAUUUCUUAUCUUCUAUUGUAGUGAAUUUUGAAAGUAUCACUUGUGGGAAGUUUAUUGUCUUCUCGAGGUCAUCUCACUCUAGGGCAGAAUGAUCCCUUUGAUCACCUACAUAUCUUGCAGCAUUCUCCUAUUGAUAACAAAUAAUCACCUAGAACUAGUGAAAUAAAUGAGACUACUCUUGUUUAAAAUAGAAAAGUGUAGUCUUAAGUAAAUUAUUCAAUAGAACAAAAAGGUGAGUUUUAUUCUACAUUAAUUUUUUAUAAAGUAUUCAAGGAAUCUGGAGGAACCCUUAAAUCUAUUUCUAAGCCUUCAACACAACAGAAGAAGAAAUUCUGUCUCAGGUCAGGAACUAGAACCCAUAAAGAGAAAGGAAAGAGAAACCUCUAGAGAAUUAGGAAGAAGGGAACUGUGCAGUAGAAGGAACUCCUGGGGAGACCCUCCUCCCUUCCCUUUCACUAACAUCGCCCUCCUCUCUAUUUGAAUCUUGGUAGCCUAAUCCCAGCCCUAUUUUACCUGCUAUAAUCUCUUCUUCCUCUUCCUGCCUCUUCCUGCCAUUACUUUACUGCUAUUUUACCAACUUGAACAUUGGAUAAAACCUAGCUCAGGUAAGAACUUGAUUCUUUUCCAAACAUACACGGGAUGGAGGGAGGCAGUGUGGGUGCAGCAGAGUUAGAGUUAAAGGACUAAACCCUAUUUUCAUUUCUGUCACUUACACCUUUGUGACUCAUAGGCAAGUCAUCUCAUUUUUCUGGGCUUCACACUUCCCAUCUAAACAUGAAAUCAAACUUAAAUUAACCCAGAGGAGUCUUGUAGUUCUAACACAGAAUUUCUUCUUUUUCUUGUCAAUGAAAAUGGAUGGAUGGCAUUGGGAAUACUGGAAAUGUUUAGAGUUUUGAGGUUUGGUUCUGAUGAGUGGAAUCAAAAACCUAUUCCAGAGACCAGUGGAAGCAGAACAAAAUAAUACACACUCACAGUGAGACAGACCUUAAGAUUUUAAGAAACAUCCUGCUAAGUAAGGCACAUGUCAAACUCCAUUAGACUAAAAGAUCUUGCAAGGAAUAAAAUUGUAUCUUCAAGGUUCUAGAUCCACUUCUUUCAAAGAGUGUUCAGUUCAAUAAUAAAAUGAUUGUUGCUUUAGACCUCUUUAAAACCGUUGUGGCUACAGUGUGCUGACU